UUUCCUUCUUAUUUCAGCUGUGAGCUCAGUAUCCAGGCCCAUCCUUGUGCGUGAGCCGCUCUGCCAAACUCUGGUGGGGGGAGAUUGGGGCUUCAGCUCCCAAAAGCCGCCAAUAAUCCACAUGCUCAUUUUUAUUCCACGACCCCUUCUUGUCAUCCCGCCGCCAGAUCCUUUUAUAAAACAGCUGUACCUCAGCCAGACUGCACAUCCUCGUCAUCCCUCCGGAUAACUGUGUCACAAUGUCAGAUUUGGAAGACCAGGGACUACACCAGGAUGACGAAGAUGAGGAACAAGGAGAAGGAGGAGAACGGCCCAAACACAAGCCAAUGGUCACACAGAUCGCUGUCCCGAAGAUCCCUGAGGGAGAGAGGGUUGAUUUUGAUGAUAUCCACAGGAAGAGGAUGGAGAAAGAUCUUCUGGAGCUCCAAACCCUGAUUGACGUUCACUUUGAGCAGAGGAAGAAAGAGGAGGAGGAGUUGAUCGGGCUCAAAGCCAGAAUUGAGAGUCGCCGAGCAGAAAGAGCCGAGCAGCAGCGUGUGAGAGCGGAAAAGGAGCGGUUCAGACAGACAAGGAUCGCGGAGGAAAGGCAGAGGAAGGAGGAGGAGGAGGCCAAGAAGAGGGCAGAGGACGACGCCAAAAAGAAGAUGGUGCUCUCCAACAUGGGGGCUCACUUUGGAGGAUUCUUGGCUAAGGUAGAACAGAAGAGAGGAAAGAAGCAAACUGCCAGGGAGAUCAAGAACAAAACACUAGCUGAGAGGAAGAUGCCGCUUGGUAUCGACAAUCUACGGGAAGACGGCUUGAGAAAGAGAGCCGGGGAGAUGUGGGAGUGGAUCUACCAGCUGGAGUCUGAGAAAUUUGAACUGUCCGAGAAGAUGAAGAGGCAGAAGUAUGAGAUCAACGUCCUCCUGAACAGAAUCCACCACGCUCAAAAGUUCAAAAAGGUGCACGGUAAAGGGAAGGUUGGAGGACGCUGGAAGUGAGUCCACACCCUCAUGAAGGCAAGGUCUACGCAGUGUUGUACCAAAUGACAUGAAUAAAUGACUGUGUGGCAUGCAGUUACACGGUUGUAUUCCUC